ACAUGGUGCAGAGUCCAGUGCUGACUGCCCCCACCCCUCCCCCACCUCCACCCCUGCCACCCGGCUCCACUGUGACUUCUGCGACUGCCACCCCAGCCAUCACCCCCACCACUCCAGUCGGCCAUCCUCCUCCUCCACCUCCUCCUCCACUCCCUCCCACUCUGACUCCAAACGGAACACCCCCUCCACCACCAGGUCCAGCUCUUCCACCCGGAGCACCACCACCACCUCCGGCACCCCCUCUUCCUGCUGGACUGUUCUCUCCUACAGAGGACCGCCCCUUCUCAGGCCUGGCUGCCGCCCUCGCUGGAGCCAAGCUGCGCAAAGUGCCAAGGAGUGACGAUGCAGGAGCAGCUCUGGCUGCAGCCAUAUCAGGGACUGCAGGGGCCAAAUCAGAGAGCAGAGGGAAUGGGCCCUUGCCUGGAGGAGGAGGGCUUAUGGAGGAGAUGAGCGCCUUACUGGCCAGGAGGAGAAGAAUCGCCGAGAAGGGCUCCUCACCUGAACCUGACCAGAGAUCAGAAGAAGGUGAAAUAAACACAACCCCUAAAGUGUCAGCUUGUAGCACCCCAGACAUGCCCAGGAAGCCAUGGGAAAGAACAAACACCAUGAAUGGUAGCAAAUCUCCAGUAAUCGGGAGGACAUUCUGGAUGAGAUGAGGAAGGAGCUGUCCAAACUAAAAGAAGAGCUUAUUGAUG